ACAUAUCCGCCCAUCCUUACUCCCUGUGGUCUGCCAGUUAGGAAAUGGGAGAUCCACUGACACAGAGAUGGGCUGAGUCCCAGGUGUUCCAACUUGGUGGUGAGUAUGGAGGGAAUUAUGGUGUUAAAUGCUGAGCUGUAAUCAACAAAGAGCAUUUUAACAUAAUUUCCCCUUCCAGUGUCCAGAUGAGUGAAAGAAGUAUGAAGUAGAUGAGAGAUAGCGUCAUCCGUUGAGCGGUUCGAACGGUAAGCAAACUGUAGUGGAUCCAGUGUGUCAGGUAGUGAGGAGAUAAUGAAGUCUUUGAUCAGUCGCUCAAAACACUUCAUCACCACUGAGGUGAGGGCUACAGGUCGAUAGUCGUUGAGGGAAGUAGGAUGGGGUUUCUUUGGGACUGGAACAAUAACAGACUCCUUAAAGCAUGUAGGGAUCACCGACUGAGAUAAAGAAGUGUUGAAUAUCUCUGUGAACACAGGUGCUAGCUGGUCUGCGCAGGCUCUGAGGACUCUACCUGAGAUGCCAACUGGACCUGCUGCUUUCCUGGUGUUUACUCUCCUGAAGGCUCUCCUCACGUCAUGCUCGGAGAUGAUAAGCGCGUUACUGAUGAAGGCGCCACGCUCCUCUUCCUCCUGCUGUGGGCCUUGUGCCACUGUGAGGAGCAGAUGUCCACGACCGCGGGGGCUCCUCAACCUCCUCAUCACCAAAGCCUGUCUGUUUGCUCUGCUGUUCGGGGGGGUCUGGUCCAUCACUGGAAGGGAGUGCCUGCCUGGGGGGAACCUGUUUGGCAUCAUCAUCCUCUUCAUCUGCUCCGUGCUGGGGGGCAAGCUGGUGGGAAUGAUCCAACUGCCAACACUGCCCCCCUUCCCUCCACUGCUUGGCAUGCUCCUGGCUGGGCUGCUGUUGCGUAAUGUUCCCUACAUAACCACGGCGGUCUUCAUCGACACUCGUUGGUCUGCGGCUCUGAGGAACAUCGCCCUGUCCGUCAUUCUGACCAGAGCCGGACUCGGACUGGACCCCUCAGCCCUGCAGCGUCUGAAGGCGGUGUGUGUCCGUGUUGCGGUGGGUCCUUGUACCGUGGAGGCGUCCGUCGUGGCCGUGGUUUCGCACUUCCUGUUGGGUCUUCCAUGGACGUGGGGCUUCAUCCUGGGCUUCGUUCUGGCGGCCGUGUCUCCGGCGGUUGUGGUUCCAUCAAUGCUGCUUCUGCAGAGAGAAGGACUGGGAGUGGAGAAGGGGAUCCCCACGCUGCUGAUGGCAGCCGGCAGCUUCGACGACAUCCUCGCCAUCACCGGCUUCUCCACCUGCCUGGGAAUCGCCUUCUCCACAGGUUCCACGUGGAUGACCGUCCUCCAAGGCCUGCUGGAGGUGGUGGGAGGGGUCAUCUCUGGCCUGGUUGUGGGCUUCUUCCUGUGUUUGUUUCCAAGCAAUGACCAGGAGGACCUGGUUUUGAGGAGGACCCUCAUGCUGUUGGGUCUGUCCGUGUUUUCCGUCUUCUUCAGUCACGUGGUCGGGUUCUCUGGAGCCGGCGGUCUCUGUACGUUGGUCCACUCCUUCUGUGCUGCUCUGGGCUGGAAAAGUGAAAAGGCUCCGGUGGCUGCCAUGGUGGGUCGGUGCUGGGACCUGUUCCAGCCGCUCCUGUUCGGUCUGAUCGGAGCUGAAAUCACCAUCUCCACCCUCAGCCCCAGCACUGUGGGUCUGGGCGUGGCCUGCAUCAGUCUGGGUCUGCUAGUCCGUCUGCUCGUCACCUUCCUGCUGGUCCAUCACGCCGGAUUCAACCUCAAGGAGAAACUCUUCAUCGCCGUGGCCUGGCUGCCGAAGGCCACCGUGCAGGCCGCCAUCGGCUCCAAGGCGUUGGACAUGGCGAGGGAGGAGGAGGACCAGACUCUGAUCAAGUUUGGUUUGGACGUGCUGACCUUGGCGGUGUUGGCCAUCCUGACCACCGCCCCCAUCGGUGCCCUCGGUAUCGGACUGGCAGGACCACGCCUCCUGGCCCGUCACAUCAAAGACGAGGCCGACGGGGAAGCCGGACCUUCCGGUCCCACCGAACCCGUCCAAGAGAAGGACAGCAGGAUCCCGGAGAGCAGGCUGUGAAGCUCCAUGGAGGAGCGGCGGCGCUGAUUUCCCGCCAUGACGCGGCGUUUGGAUGAAGGAUGAGGGACGUCUGUCUUUGCUUUGGUCCUCUAGUCCAAAUGUUACAGAUCUGACAAGGUUCUGGUUUUAAACAGAAGCAUGUUUUUUUUUGGUGUUGAGUUUGAAUUAAAGAUCAAAGGAGCUGAAUUCCAGCUGGUCCAAA